GUAGGUUUAGACUGGAUGAUAGGAAGAAAUUCUUUACUGUGGGAGUGGCAACACACCUGAACAGAUUGCCCAGGGAAGUUGUGUAUGCCCCAUCCCUGGAAGUCUUUAGGGCCAGUCUGGAUGAUACAGCUCUGAACAACCAGGUAUAGUGGAAGGUGUCCCUGUCAAUCACAAGUGGGUUGGAACUGGAAGUCCUUUUACGUUUCCUUCCCACCCAAGCCAUUCUGUGAUAAGUGAUUCUAUGCUUUCCUUGCUCUGUAUUCAAAUUACAUUAAUUCUUCAGCAGCAGGAGGGAUGUCACAGCAAUCACUGCUUGUUUACACAGGAUGUAACAGGACCAAUUUCUUUGGCCUAUGCACUUUAGUAUUUGAGUUUUUUGAAAUAGCAGACGUCAUUAGUGUCAGUACUAUCAAUGCUUGUGGUGGUGGUUUGUGCUUUUAGAAGUUUUCAAGGAAAGACUAACCUGCAAUUGAUUACUUUGUCUGAGAAACAAACCUGAAAGAGAGGAGAUGCAGCUAUUUAUAUAGCUUUUGCCUCUACCCACCUAUUUCUCUUUCCAGACAUGGAUAUAUAAAGGGGUCAUAGGGGUUUUCACACUUUAACCCUUCCCUUUAGUACCAGCUGAUGUGACAGCAGGUAAUUCUGCAUUCUGUGAUGGACUUAUGGUUAUGCCUUGUGCAGCCUUGCUGUUUGGAGGUAGCACAAUUCAGUUUCCUGGAGAAGGUCAUCAUCACUUAGCUAUAGGUUCUGAUGCUGAUGCUUUUAUUUUUCCUGUUGGGGCUGUUACCCAUGAACAACAGAUUCAUUGGAUCAAAAGAGGGCAAAGAAGGGGGGAUGUGUCAUUGCAGCCUGAUGCUUAGGGCAUGCAUCUGAGAACAGGAAAACUUACAGCUUCUUUUAAUCUUCCAGAAGUGUCCUUUUCCUUCAUUCCUGGUGCUGACAUGAGAGUUGGUAUGCCUUUGGGCUGAGCCAGAAUUUAUCUGUCUUAAAGAGACACAUAGAUACAUACAUAUAUAUAUAUAUAUACACAGAGAUAUAUAUAUUUUUUUUUCCCCUGAAGUUAAUUUUCCUUUUCCCUUUUUUGAGUUAGUCUUUGCUAGCUCCAUUUAUGAAGUGUCUCUUGCUGCCACAGUACAAUUGCUAGAGCUGGCAUGCAAGAGGAAGGAAUUGGUAGCUGAAGCUGAAAUUGCUAACAGGGCUGGAAAUGUGCUUUUAAAAGGAAUUAUAUGGUAUUAAAACAUGUACCUACAACAUGAAUGCUUAGAUACUAAAAAACUAGGAUGGAAAAGCAUGACCACUUUCUGCUUAUAAGGGUUAUUACCACUUUCCUAGUCCAAAUCUGAAGCCAAAGGUGUUUUUUGGAUUAGACUUUUGUUUUUCUCUAGAGAAACAAUUACCAGUUUGGCCUUUGGGUCAGAUUGUGGUCCACAUGGGGCUAGUUUUGCAAAGGGAAGAAAUACAAAAGGAAAAUCAUGUGGCAAAGUAAAUAAUUCCAAAAUUAAAUAUAAUAGAUUAAAAAAUUAUUUAUUUCUCAUGCUGUAAAUGGCACAGUGUUUCUGAUGUAAUUCAGCAGAUUAUUCCUGGGUGCAUGGGUACCUGAUCCUGCCUUCUAAUCACUUGCAUGCUUGUCCCCUCAGUGGGAACAGAGCUGCCGUCAGUACAGCUUGAAACACAACUGAUACUCCAAACCCUUUUCAGUUGUUCAUGAAUAGAAGUUAUGAGUGGAGUUUAUUACAUGUCACAAACCUGUGGAGUUUACCCAUUUUUUACAGACAUGAGCACUGUGGCAAUGAAAGACAAUUUGCUUGUAGGACCACAAGAACUUAAGAGCAGGGCCCUCAUAUAUCCUGACUCCUCCUUAGGUGGCAUGGAGAAUGGUUAAUCUUCUUUAUGGGCUUAUUUUUGGCUUGACCUUAAUUUUGACUUGCUGCAUUAAUUUGUUUUACAGUUUUUUGGAAGCCUAUACUUCUGUGUCAAAUGAAGUGUGUCAAGCUGUGGUUUUGAGCUGCCUGCCCUCAAAUAUGGCCAUUUGAAAAUCAUCACCGCCAUUGCUUCCUAGUUCCAGUGUGAUUAAAUUUCUUUGCAAAACUUUGCUGGGUAUAUACAAAGAAACAAGGUGCUGACUAACCAUGUUUUUAAUAAUUUUAGGUGACAGGCACAGCAGCUCACACAUUUUAGUACUAUCAAUUCCUUGCUGCUGCCAUCAGUGAAAACAGUGGUUGUUCUAAAGUGUACAUGGUAGCACAGGCAUGGCCUUAAAUUAAGUGGCCUCAAAAAUAUUCCCAUGAUGGUGUACAGUAUGCCUUGUGAAUGUAGAUUCACUGCUUUUUUUUCUUAGCUGCACCUUACCCUGUAAAGCUAUGAAUCAAAGAUGAAGAAGUCAAUGAGGAGAAAUGUUUUAUAUCUAGGCACUGAUACUCAUGUCCUUUAACUUGGGUAGUAGAAGUCUGUUGUUUUGGUGUUACAGAACUGUUAUGAGGUAGUUGACUUCACAGAUUUGUAUAGAUCACAGUUAAAAUGAGUAGAAAAUUAUCUUAUUCCAUUUUCUCUAGAGUAUAUAAAUACACAUUAAUAGCAAUAUGAACAUAUUUUACCAAAUCCUAUAGUCUGGUAAAGACCUUAUAUGAUUUGGGUUACCUUUUUGGAUCACAAGCUUACUUCUCUACUUAGGAGAAUUUUGAUGUUUUCUCAGAGAUGAGGUAGUUAUCAAGAUAAAGAAGUAUUUGAAAGAUACUGACAGUAUUUGGAGCUUGACCAUGCUUCUCUAGAAGGGAGCAUUAGAAGAAAAGAUGGUGACAUAGAAUAGUGUGUUUUAUCCAUGAACCAGUCCUAAUAACUUAUUUAAAAGAAGACUAGACAAUGAUAAUUCUGGCAUUUUUCUGUUUCAUCUUGUGAAUCUGAGUGUUCCAGUCUAUGUGUAUAUUGUUGAGACCUAAUGUGUUUUUACCCUUACCAGUUUACACACUGGAGUAGUUUAUGUUAACCUAGUUUCAAACAGUGUGAGCUGAGCUGUGCUGGGUUGAAAGAGACUGGGUGGAGGUGGCUGAGCUCCUGGCUGAACGGUCCUGGAGCAGGAGGAAGGAAGAUGGGGUGCAGUCUUGGCUUCUUGAGGUCUGUACUCUGCAUCUGUCGAAAAGUCAUAGGAUGGAGGAUGCAGCUCACCAAACAGGAUUAUUAUUCCAAAGGGGGAAAACAUCUCUAGAGAAUUCCCAAUAAGGUGAUGUUUUCAUUGUAUGUUUAGAAAGUGAUCAGAUGACAACUGAGAUGAAAAUGUCAUACUCAAGUAGUGUGUAAAACAUAUGGACUCCAAAGUCUCUUGUGCUUUGUGAGAUUAAAGACCAUUUACUUGAAUAGAGAAUGUUUCAUCCAUCACCUUUCCUCUGAUACAGUGUCCUUGGAUCAACUUGGAAAAGUAAGGUUAGGGAAGUAAGAUUUUUUAAGCUGUCUUUAGAAAGAGAAUCAUUUGCCCAUAGUGAACUGUGAAUCACGAACCCUGUCUUUGCCUGCGGCUUGGUCUGCGGGUCAUUGUUAAGAAGGCCCUGGAAUGAAUGCAUUGUCCUCCAGAAAAGAAAAGAUUGAAUUUUGGUUUUAAGAUAUGUCCUUUCUCUUUCUUUUGCUGUCAGCUCAUCAUUUACAAUUUCUGGACUGAGAUGGCUGGCUUUGAUUUGUCCAUAAGGAUGGCUAGAAUAUUUUGUGGCUCUUUCAGUUUAACUUUUGUAGGCUACUCUGACUCAGUGCCAGCUGGAUUUUAAUCCUUACUACUUUCUCCACUUUUUAGUGCCAUAGCAGCUUUCCAAUUUCCAUGUGCCUUUCUUAUUUUGAAGUAGUGAACAAAACAUCUGUCUGACUAGAGAGUUUUUUAGUGUUUAGCUUUACUGAAAUAUUUAAUGUAAUAUUUUAUUCCUUGAAAACACAUGAUACCUAGUGACCCUGUUUAUCUGAUGUCAUUAUUUAUUGUUUUAGACUUUACCUAGAGGGGCUUUGUGCUCUGCACAAUGAACUCCCAAGAGCUGGAGUUCCUUACUGCUGUUGCACAAGGAGUUUGUGUGUUCAGGACAGAUUAAAGCUUGCUCAGUCGGUGUGGGGUUAACAAAUGCAGUGGGCAGGAGAAGUCAUACUGUUCUGGUACUGAUGCCAAGCAAUUAUAUUGGAUGGCUUUACAGACUUACUUCACCAGAUUUGAGGACCAGAUAAUUGAAUCUGCUGACAUCCAUGUGAAUUGUAAUGGCGCAGCUCAGUCCCCAUGAUUUUAGUGAAACCAAAAGACUUCCUCCUGAGCUGAGGAAUCGAGGUUUGGCUGGAUGAUCUGGUAAAGCAAAAGGCUGACUGUGAGACUCUAUGCCUACUGAAAUUAAUAUUCCACAGAUAUGUAGGUAUUGGGGUGUCAGUGUAGGAUGCUGUGACCUUCCUAAGCACUGCAGACAUUUUAGUUGAGCUGUCUGGUGUGAAGGUAGGCUCGUGCCUGUGAGGUCUGUGUCACAGCAGCAAGCAUGCUUGCAGUAAUAUGUCUUCAACAGCUGACCUAGUCUGAACAGUGACGGGAGAGUGACCUUGCAAUUGUGCUUCUGCUCUAACUUUGAUACAGGGGUCAUGUUAUGUGUUGUUUUCUUUGUAAAUCAGGUUGCCUGUGCCUUCUGCAGAGUCUACAUUUUUCUGUUUCACAAUACUUUGUGCAAACAUCAUUUUUUACCUUAGAUUACAGAAAUACAUGAGAUACAGGGAUAUAUUGGAUUUGAAAAGAAACAAAGCUAGUCUUUGUAAUUCAUCAGCCUGUUCUUUUUAGAGUAUUUUGUCACUAAAAAAAUGUUUUACUUAUUCAUAUAGCAUGCAUGUAUGUAAACAUUUACAAGAAAAAUAAUAAUUUUACAGAUACCUGUUCCACCAUUUUGUUAUUCUUUUUCUUCCUCCAAAUUGUUACUGUACAUUACAGUUCGGGUGUGAUAUGUCAGAUGUGCAAAAACCCCUAAAAUUUCAAGUAAGAUGGGGGUUUUUUUUAUCAUACUGUAUAUAGCAUUUUGCCACAGGACAACUUUCUCCCAAUGGCAGGGCACUGAACAGCUUGCAUCUGUGGGAAAGUGGUAGCAAAAUUGAUGGAACAGUCUGUUCCUGCCGAUGUUCAUUUCGAUGCCCCAGAAUACGGCUUUCAGCAUCUCUGCUGCCAAAGCAUACCCUAAAUUGAUGGGACAAAAGGAACAACCUGGAUCUUCCAUGUGUUAAAGUGAGGAAAUGAAAUCUUAAAUCUCAUUUAGGUUUGGAAUUAGGUAGAUUGGCAAUGCCUGUGGAGUUCAAAUGGGGAAAAAGAGGAGUCUCUUACUCCUCCCUAUCAUGCAGCUCUCUGAAAGGGGUUGGAAGUAUUUAGUGGAAGGUAGAAGCAGACAAGCAGGAGAGCUUUUCUCGCAGUAGCCAAAACUGAGUUGAAAAUGAAGGGAAAAAGGGAAGAUGUGAAAGUCUAAUGAAAAAACAUGUUGAAUUUAAAAUGUACCUUAGGAAAUAUUUAAGAGAAAAAAAUUCUGUGUCGUCUGCGGCAGGAAAAUAUCUGGUAUUACUUCAAGCUCUCCAUGUGAUCUGCUGAAGUGCUGAACCCUCUGGGGCAGUCCUAAUUUAUCAUCUCAUUCUUUUGCAAGGGUUCACAAAAUUUCCAAUAAGGUGCCAGAAAUCAUGUUGCUUGUAUGCAGCUUUUUCUUCUGCUUCCCAUUUUUUCCCACAGCAGUGGCACCUACCUCUGCUUCCAUUCAGGCUGGAGAGAAGCCUCCCAUUGGUGUGGGCAAUUUAGGAUAGGACCUGGUACUUUUUAUAAAAGAGGUUCUUUUAAACAAGUGUAGGCAAGGAAAUUGCAACAUUACUUACAAACAUCCUCUCCUACUCACCUUAAUGUGAAAAUGCCAUGAAAUAGUAGGCUCAGGAAUGUGUAUAGAACAAGGCUUUGAGACUUUUAUAUGUGCUCAGUGAGGAUAAAUUUUGUGGAGUGUGUGUACUUUCCUUCCUGGCUUUAUCACAAUGCUUGGGGUUCUUCCUACUGGUCAUAAGCUGUUGCUCUAUUCUUCAGCCCUAUAACAAGAAAACUCAAGUACACAGCUUUGCAGGUGAUUGCUGGCCUUUGCCCUGUCUGACUUAGGUGAAGACAUCAGCACAGUUUUGAUUUCAGUCAUGUACAUGGGGCAUGCAGUCACAUCAAGGACCCUUCCCAAGGAAGAUUGUUCACAAGUACACUUGGAUUUACUAAGGUUAUACAUCGUUUGUAUAAACUGCUCUUACAUACAUCUACACAAAACUGGAACACAAAGGUUUCUUUUAUGUUUUCUGAUUAUAGAAUCAUAUGACAUUCUUUAAAAUUAGUUCAAGAAAUUGGUAAAAAUCAAGCUAUUUAAAUGUAUUUUUGUAGCUAGAAAGUAAGCUUCAAUGUCCCACAAACCAUUUGAUAUUUAAAAAUACCAGUAUAUGUGAAAUUCCAGCUUUCUCCCCAGCAUUUCUCCAGAGAGAGACCAAAUACAUUAUCUUUGACUUCUUUUGUUUAUCAGCGAACUAAUAAGACAUUCCUAUUGUAGCGCUGGUCUCGGAUGUACCUUACGCUGUGCCUUGCUAAUAGAGCAGGUUUGUUCCAUCGGGGGUUAAGAAUAUUUAAUCCUUUAACGCUGACAUAUACAACACGCAGCCGUGUCAGCUACAGCUGUUUCCAAACAUCAGUAACAAAAUUAUAGAUGGUUUUGAAGCUUCUGUGUUGGAAAUGAAUACAUUUGAGGAUUCAACUUGCUGACAGUGUUUAUGUAAUUUAAUCUUGCCAUCUGGAAGAAAGUAAACAUUUUUUAGGAAAUUGAAGUUAAGGUAGCAAGCCCCUUGUGGUUUCUGGCUGUUGCAAAUAAGUUAAGUUGUACCAAGUUGAUGAAAAUCUUCAAUAGGGAGGGGAUCAUGGUUAUAUUUUAAAGAUUGUUGUGCAAGUGCAUUGAUGCAUAAAAUUGUUUCAGAAUAUCUGCAUUAUUAACUUCCCUGCUUAUUCAAUUGUUAGAUGCCUUUCUUCUGCUCAGAUAAAACCAGCAUGUUUUUUCAGUGAAAUGUGAUAAAACAUGAGAAGCAUAUGCAUGCAGAAUGAAUAGGUGUAACUGAAGCACUUAGGUGAUUGCUUUUCAUCUCAUAUUUUUCUGUUUAUUUCCUUAUUCUUCCUUUUGUUUGGUUCUUUUUCAUUCUGUAUUACAUUUUGCUUUUCAAAAUCUACUCUUUUUUUUUUUUUUGUUUGCUUUUUAUUUGCUUUUAUUUAUUUUAAUAUUUUUUCAAAGUUUUUGCUUAGUUUUCUAAAGAAACCUUUUACACAGUCAUGCCAUGUGUGUAUCAGUCCCCCUGUGAUAAUUUUGAACCUGGUAGUCACUUUCAAAUAAACAGAGAGCCAGAAGAAGAUUCCAAAGGCGUUGGAUUUGCAUAGUGUGCAAGUCCAGGUGGCUUGGUGGAGAGGAGAAACAGUGCCCUGCAGAAUGAGCUAUGUGGAGAAAGAAGGAACGACUAGAGAUAUCUUUGCAAACCAGGGCUAAUUACGUUGUUGAGGAAAUUGCUUGAGUGCUAGCCCAUUCCCUCCUGUUUUCUGUUGGAGCAGUCUGAUGAGACCUUUUACAUGAUGGGGGGAAGUCAAGAUGCUUUUAUACUUGCUGUGGAUGAGAACAUUUAUAUAAAUAAAAUAUAUUUAUGGUGGGAAGCUGAUUUUAGAUAUGCAUGAUUUGAAGGGGUGGACAGUUUCAGUCAUUUUACACGUGGAACACAUGAUAGUUUAAUUUGUCUUUAGUUUUGUCUUAGCCUUUAAGAUCAUCUUUAUCUUUUUGAAGGAUAUUUGCUGCUUUGUUAUUAUUAUUUAAUGAAAUCUUUAUGUUAAGAUUCUGAAUUAUGCAACAUUUGUUCAAAAUUAUAGGAUUUUGUGAAAAGACCAACAAGCACCUGAGCCAAUAGUAUGGUGGUUGUGCCCUUGGCUCCUAAGGGGAGAAGGGCAGGAAAAAAUUAGCAGAGGUAUGGACUCAGCAGAAAUAGCUUGGUAAUAGUAACAAGAGAAAACAGUUUUCAGCAUUCUGGAAAGGGUCACUAAAACCAGAAGAAAGGUAUAGUCUGUUCCUGUUUAACUUUGGUGUCUGUGGUUUCAGCUGGUUCCUAAAACUCUGCUUUCUCUGCUCUUUGAGAUUAUAUUCACCCUUCCUUCUUGAUGUCUGCAUCUUCUUGCUUUGCUCUGUUCUGCUAAAGCAUUGAUUAUUUACUUAGGCUUGUGCAAGCAUGCUAAUGUUCUGCUAAAGUUAAAAAUACUGUUGCCAUAUAGUAGCUAGUCAAAUAAUGGGAUUUUAAACUGAAAUAUCUAACUUCAUAUUCAGUGGAAGCUGCCUGUCAGCAUUUUUAUAGGUCUGAAUAGGCUUUUUAAAAGGAUCUAGCUCUAAGCCUUGAUAAUUGAACUUAAGCUCGUAAGUUACUUAUCUACUCCUGAAAUUUAAACCUGAUCCAUGUUGUAAAACUGCAAUGAAGAACUACAUGAAAAUGAAAUAGUAUGUUAAUGGAGAAUUUCUCAUUUGGAAUUGCUUUUUAGCAAUAUAAGCAACAAUUUUAGGAAUGUUGAUCUGAUUUUUAUUGUCUUGUAUAUGAAUUACUUUAUUAAGCGAGCUAUUUGGUGUCCAAAUCAUGGCACAUUCCAACUUUGGCAGUGUGAUCUAGGCAUUGUACUGGAAAUAAAUACACAGACUGGUGACUUUGUAAACAUUUAUGGCUGUGCCCUGUGUUAAAUAAGGACUAUGCUUUAUUUUCAUGCAAUAAAAUUUAAUUAGUUGUAAGUCAGGUUUUGCUUUAGUUGUAAUUAGUUUAGCAUAUAAUUAUUCUGUCUAAUAGCAAUCUGAAAUCUGCAAGCAUUUUGAUCUUAUUCCAAGUUAAAAAAAAGAAACCCUCUUAGAAGUAUUCAAUCAGUAGCUAUAAUAGAAUCUUAUUAGUCAACCAUAUUAUAGACUGUGUAAAUCUUUAAGUGAGUGAAGCAGUGUUUUCACUGGUGCUUGUUAUGUAUGGCAUUAAGAAGAUUUAUAAAAAUGCUUUAUAUUGGACUUGCAACUUCUAUAUCAUUUGGUAAAAAUCAGUGAUCUGUUUUUUGGUGAGCUUAGUAUUUACUGGUUUGACUUUUAGCUCUUUUUAAUUUUUAUUUUAAAAUUAAUUUUAAAGGUCUAGCUUUUGUAAGAUAUAACUGGGAACUGUUUGUGUGAAAAUAGUAAUACUUCAGUUUUAAUAAACAUACAUAUGUUAAAUCUCAUAAUUUACACACGAAUAUUACUACCUAUUAAAGAGUAUUGUAAUGAUUAAUGAGUACUUUUUGAACAAUAUCUUGUAUCUUCUACCUUUUGGAUGUGGCUGGUUGCCAUUCCCAACAAAGUUGCCCUGCCAAGGAAUCUUCCGACAGCUCUUCCUAUGGAUUUCCUUACGGGAACAGCAUUAAAGCAAGAGAUAAAUGCAGAGUCUGGCAUGUUAUAAGCUGCAGUGGAGUGAUGGGGAGCAGAGCUUCUGUUCUCACUUCCACCCUAACCAGCUUAUUUUUUGCUAGCAGUAGUUUACAAUCUUGCUUGCUAGUAAUGUUGUUCUAAAUUAAAUUUCACCUGUAUUAUUAAUUUUAAGGUUCUUAUAUGUUUCCUCCAUAAAAGGGCUCUCUCUGAGCUGCUCAUCAUUUCAUCAGCCUAUAGGUCAGGAAAUUAUGUCUAAUCAGAGCAUAGGGAUUGGCACUUUUUAAGGAAUUGAACAGUCAACAGCCUUUUACUUGAUGAUAUUUGUCUUUUUGAAACUCUGUGGUCUGAUUAGGAGGAAUAAAUGACUUCACAACUAGAAGAGAGAUACUCAAACAUUUACAUUUAAAAAGGAAUAUGUACUUUAGCUUGAGAAGAAAUUGCCUCAUCUUUAAGGAAUAGGAUUUUCAGUUACUUCUCUGCUUUUCCAAUUACCUACCCUAUAAAACUCAAAAAAGUAGAUAUUUCUGUUAACUCAUAUGAUAUGCCUGCUAACUUUAACUUGUCACUUUCCCUUCUAGGGUUUCUAUUUUGCAACAAUGAUUAGGGUACAGUUCUUAAUUCUGUUUCAGAUUUUGUUUUUUUUUUUCCCAGAGCAAUCAUACUGAAAUGAUCUCGCAUAUUUUAGAAGUAUCUUUUAAGAACAAGUAUGUGUUUGUUUAGUAUUAUUACAUGCAUAAUUGUGUGUGUAUAAAUGCUUAUGUAUGCAGGUAUCAUGUAAUUAUAGAACUCAAUACUGUGUGUAUAAGUGUGAAUACGUGCAUAAUGCAGAAUUAAAAGCUUGAAACAGAACACAGUUGUGUAGCAUCUUGAAAUUGUUUUAUUUGCAUGUGCCAACUUCUUAAAUAGCAUUAUACUGGGGCCUCAGUGAAAGGCUGUUGUAAGCUCUAAUAACAAUAAGUUAAUCUCUAGGCGAACAGUAUGGAAAAUACAACUUUUCUUGGUGGUUUGCCUUUUUUGGUUUUUUUUUCCUUCCCAAAUGAAGCUAGUCUAAAAAUAUUUGAAUUAUCAAAACAAAAGGGAAAAAUAAUUUUCCUGGUAAUAAAGUGGUAUAUAUGUAUUUAUUUUUUGUUUCCAGUCUACUUUAAACCUUGUUUUAAAACAGCACUCUUUAGGCAUCAAUGGGUUGAAGUUCAUUUGCAACCCAAAUGUAAUAAUAAAACCAAGUCAAAUAUAUUCCCAUUAUCACUCAAGAUGCUGUAGUUAGAAGAUGGAUAUAGAAAUGGUACAAAAUAUCCAGCUGCUCUACAUCAAAAACUAGUCCAAGUGCAAAUAAAUACUUGGAAAUGUUUUGUCUUUAAAUUGAAAAGAGUCCUGAAAUAAAAAGUGAUUCAAUUCAAUGUGACAAAUGAAGUAUGAAUUCCAUUUUGCAGUAAGUAAUAGGUAGGGUUUUAUUUUUGUUCCUUUAACUAUGUUUCACCCAGACAUAUGAAUAUUGUAUUUAGUACUAAAUGGUUUCAGAAGAUGAAAGUUACCAAUUGUUGGAGCCUGUCCUCAUUUUCUAGGCUGCAGCCACUGAACUGACAAGGAAAGCAGGGAUGUGAAAAUCUAGAAUAAUAGAAAGCAUUCACAUCUCAUGAAGCUGAAUUUCAGCUGGGUGCCUUAAAUAAGAAAAGGUCAAAUAUGAGGGGAAGUAUCUCUUCUCCAACUCAGAGACAGUCUCAGAGGGUCUUCCAGCCAGUUAGGGCACUCACUUUUAGGUUUUUAUUCACUGCAAAUACACAUACACUCCACAAAAAACCAAAACAAGCAAGAAAACAAAACAAAAAAAACCCUACAGAAAAACCCCAACAACAAAAAACCCCACCAACUCUACCACCUCUACUUUAGACUCAGUAUGAUCCUUAUAUUUUAUGUAGUUUAAGUAUCCUGUACGGAAAAGAAAGUAUUAAAUAUCUACCUCAAAGAAUCAGAAAAUACCUGCCUUUGCUUUCAUUUGUGUUGGGGUAGCUGUGAGCAGCACCAUGGGAAAUAAAAUGACUGUUUGGCUGGGUGUAGUAGAGAUCAAGAGCAAAGUAAUGGGGAAAAUCCUUAAUUUUUUAACAGGUUUUCUAGAGCAAAGAUCUGGUGAUUUUAUUUCCUCUUGUCCUAUCCUUUGAGGAUCCUGGCCUGCUGUGUAGUUAAUUAUUGAGCAAGAUUAUCAGGUUGAUUUAUAUGGGAUCCCUGUUGGAGAAGUGUCACCAAAUUUGCUACUUGGUGACUUGUUUAGGUGUAUGUGUUGGGUUUGGGACAUUACUUGUAUUUUUUUUCUUCCUUUCAGUGCCUAAUAAGUUGGAAAAUGUUUCAAGGUCUGUUAAAACUUGCAUGAGAUUAAGAGAUUAUAGGAAUAUGAGUCCUCUAAACUUAACAUAGUAGAAGAGUAGGUGACCUUCUGGAGAGCAAUGGCCAAGAAAGCCAGAGAAGCAGGUUAAGUACCUCGCUAGAGGAGGGUGGAAUGGGCGCCAGGUGGCAGCCUUUUCCCAUAGCUGGCUAGGAACUGAUGGAUGGCAGUGCACCAGAUCCUUCUGAUAGGCUUCCAAAAGCUUCCUUUUAUUGCUCUCCUCACAGUAGCUUCUCACUUAUCCUUUCUUUGCUUUUGGAGUUGUUGGCUUUGGGUCAGCAGUUUGGGAGGCAGCAGAUGCUGUGGUGGAUGUGGAGCUGCCAGGGUGGUGCAUGGCUUGUUGGUCAUCAGCUGACAGGGACGGCCGCUGGCACUUCCCCAGAGCUGCCAGGGGGCAGAGCCAGGCAGGCAAGCAUUGUCUGCAUCACAUGGAGAAUGUGUAGGGAAGGAAGUGAGAGGAUAGCAGCAAAAGGAAAGAGAGAAAGGAGGAAUCAGGAUUUUAUCAAAAAGGGGUAAGUAACUGAAAAUCAGUUCUGUGGAAGUAACAUGGAGAAAUAUAUAGAUAAGCAUGCGAUAUAAUAAAUUUGAGGCAAAGAAAAUCAUGUAAAGAAGAAAAGGCAAUUGUUCUGUCUGCUCCUAUUUACUUGUGUUCCAGGAAAAGCACUUAAAAAACAUUACAAAGAAAGCAAAUAGUCAAAAAGAGAAGAAAGAAUAAGAUUGAACUGAUUUUCUCUUGAAUUUUUUUAUGGGCAGUUUCUGGAGAACCUACUUCAAGCUGUAGUGUGGGAAGAGAGAAGAGACAGUUGAAUGAAACAGAGUAUUGGAUAGCUGAUUAUAUUGAUGUUUUUUCAUUUGCCCAGCCUAGCUUAAACCCCUGGUUGUUCAUGAUUAUAGAGCAGUAGCUUUUCCAUCUGAUAGCCAAGUUUGUGCUCUUCAGAUUUGCAUCUUCCCAGUUUGAAUGGCACAGUGGCUUUUGACACUUUUCCAGAGAGACUGUAAACAUUGAAGCUGCCAAGGCAAAAUGCAUUCUGAAUCUAUAGUUAAAAACAUCAUGUUUCCAGCUAGUGCCUCUUGCUGAAUCCCGAAGCAUGUAAUAUGAAUUGCUUUGGAAAGCAUUUUGUAUCCUUAAGAUAGAAAAGCAUAUUUCAGCAUCUGAUAACUAUAAAGAAACUUCCAAGGCUGCUGAUCCAGAUGCUUUAAAAUAGGCUUGAAUUUAGUUAAAUUUUAUUUCAGGCUGCUUUUACUGACCUUCGCUCCCCUUUUCCCCUUGCAUAUUCCCUUGGUGGUCUUUCAAAAGCCAGGUGUCUGGGGUUGUCUCCAGCCUACUCUGAAAACACCCCAGGCCUUGGAUUAAUACGAGGGCUGCCUUUUAUUUAAGUCCAUCCAUUUACAUAAGGCCUGCUCAGUCAAACCCACUUGCAAUGUACAGCCAAGUUGAACCGAGACCUCAGCAGGUGACUAGUGCAUGGUCCUGGAUUUUACUGAAUUUAACUUAGUGUUGCACCUUCUUGCAAUGAAAACUGAGGAAUAUUGCAGAGGGGGUUUGGAUUUCUGAUUCACAGAGGGAUGUUGGAGAAAUCUUUGAUCUUUGUGUGAAAGAAAUAAAGAAAGAAUAGUAUUUGUAAAAAUGUGUUCCUGCUUAACGGGUGUGACUACAGAUCUAAUAUCAGGAUGAAACUUUCAUUGUGUAUACAUGGCAUCACAAUACAUUGUUAAAAUUAAAAAUACUUCUUCAGCAUAUAGAUCAGACUUACCUGGACUGCAUCAAUGUAAUUCUGUUAUACCAGCUUUUCACUCUGAAAGCAUUGCUACUAAAUGAAAAUACUUUGGGUCUCAUUUUCUAUAUGUAGUUCAGAACUACUGUUGACAAAAUCUAAAGAAAAUUUAUUAUCUUUUUCAGGAAUAUCAAUCUAUAGUUUUACAACAGCAUUAUUUUUCCAAUAUUGUUUUCUGCUACCUUUUGGUUUUUUGCACAGAAACACAUAAUUUGAGUGCUCUGAACAAUUUGACUCCAGAAUUUAGAUGUGUGAUAUUCUUGGUACUUACACAAUAUAUCACUGCUUGAUUCCCCGAUGAGCAAAUAGUUGUUCCCUCUACUUUAUGUAAAUAAUUCACAUCUUUAUGUAUUUAUUUAGACUGGAACAGUGUAUUAAUAAUCUCUUGAUACAAGAUUAUUCUUGGUCUUAGUAUACCAUGCUAUUGUGUAUAGUCCUCCAGUGACUUAAAAAAUUAUAGUGAUUACUUUUAUUAUCAUUUCUAGAUUUUCCUGUUGAUAGAGGUUAUUUGACUUGCAGUUUUUCAUUUUAUAGAUAUUUCAGUCACAUACAUGAAAAUCACAAUUUUCUGUUGCUGUCUUUUGACCCUGAGUUAUUUUUUCAUUUUGUCAUUUACAGGGUUUUUCGGUGAAAUUCAGAAACAUUUGCUAUGUUUUCUUUAGAAUUCCAAGAUUUUGUUUGUGCCUAGCACAUAUGAAUUAAGCAGAGACUCAUUAGUAGUGCCUUAAGAACACUCUAUUUGUUCUACAGAUUUUUCAUCUACAUUUUAUUGUAAAAUCUGAAUUACAUAAACAGUGGAGUUAUACUGAAAGUUUUCAAAAAGAAGGGAGCAUAUAAAUUAUUGGAUUUAACAGCUAAUCAGGUUUAAUAUGGGGAAGAUAAUUGCAUGAAAUUGGGGAUAGAUUGAGUCUUGUUUCUCUCUUACAGUAAAUGGCUAGGCUAAGAAGAAAAAACUUAAAAUCUCAAGAUAAAUUAUGAAAAGACACGAAUGUUUCUAAAUCCAGAUAUGUGAGGGUUGUAAAUACUAAAAGUGAUAUUUAAAAGGUUGCGUAAUAGUGACAAGGAAAUAACAAAAAUAAAAAUAACUUGUGGAUUGGAAUAAAAAUUCAGUGUAUAUUGUGAAAUAGAAAUAUUUAUUAGGGGAAUUGUUAUGACAGGACAUCAUGCUGCUCACUGAUUUAUGGUUCAGCAUGGUGUAGAGUGGAAAGCAUAGAUGAUAUUGGAGUCCUUGAUGGUAUUCUGUAGAUUUGGGGUUUUUUCUUGUUUAACCACACCAAAGAUAUCUCAAAAUCUUAUCUCAAAGGUAAAUACUAAAGAAAUCUCGAUGCUCUUUGCUAGAUUUUCAAAUUACUGAAAGAGAAGGCCCUUCAGGAAGGAGCUACCUCCUCUCUCAAAUGUUCUGUCAAUACCAAAAAAUGUCUGAGUGACAAAAUAAACAUCUUAGUAUUUUCAUUAUAAUUAGCAAGCAAGGAGCAAGAAGUGAUCUUUUUAAGAUCAAGAGUUGGCUUAAUCAUGUAGGUCAAGAUUUGAUGGUGAUGCACCUCUCGUGUCCAAGGCAGGAGGGAUGCUUUGCCUUUCAAAGCAGACCACUUGGCCCACAGUUCAGUGCUGGUUGUUUUGGUUGUCAGGAGCCUGGUGCGUCCAAAUAAUUCCCCUUUGCCAGUGGCUUCUGAAAAGAGUUGUCUAGAGCUAUUGGCAUGGACUGCGGUGGAAGUUUUCCAGUGCAUGAUGGUGAUGGCUUUCCACCAGCUUUGGCCAGCAUCAUCAGCACAAAUGGUCUGUGAAGUUUCCCAUUACCUUCUGUAAAAUGCUGAGGCCCUAUUUCCCUGCCACCUGCCAAUCACAAUGUCACCAUCUGUCAUGAGAAUUAGGUAUGACCUGCAGUGUUUUAUACAAUCCGGUGGCACUUUACUCUUCCUGUUGUUUCUGCUACUCUUUCCUUCCCUGAAUAGGCUGGUUGAAGCUUAUCUGAUGCAUCUUGGUUUGCAAACCUUCUCUGAAAAAACCCCAGUUACAAGUAGCUGAUAGUGUGUUAGCAGAAGGUGGGUAUUGAGAACACGGUCAGUGCCAUUUCAGAAAACUUAGAGAAUAACUGACCCCAAACAAAAAAAAGGGGAGUUGUUUUAAUACACUUGGAAAUUUAGUUGUGCAACCAUAUUUUGCAGCUGCUGAAACACAUCACAGUCCUGGUUUCAAAAUGAGCUUUAAAGAGAUGUGCUUUUUCAUUGUAUUUCACUAAUGGAUAUUGUAGUUAAAAGUAAAAAUUUCUGAGUUCAAUUAGGUGAAUAUAACUGCUAUAGAGUUUUCAAGGAAAGGUUGAACUUGUGAAGAUUAGCCUGAGGGAAAGAACUUGGACAAAAGUUUGGUCAUUUAAAAUGUAUUGAUCAGAGAGAAAAUGAUAAACCAUUUUGACUAAAGGUGAAAUGAAAGGAAAUGCUAAUAAUAAAUGGAUCAUUGUUAUUUGAAGAGAAGGGGAGGCUUUUGUCACUCAUCUGGCACAGAUGAGUAACAAAAACAUUUCAUGAAGUGGAGAAGUCUUCAGUCAGAACCUUAAGAGAAGGACUCUUGUGACUCAAAAAAUAAAUGUGUUUGACCAAGUAUUUUGUGAUUUGAGUUUAGCUGAAAGAAUCACAUCUAACAGAAAUCAGUCCUUCCCUCUAAAUAUUUGGGAUUUGACAGAGGUAUCUUAAAGCUCAGAAACGAAUUUCUUUUAUUUAUUAUUGCUUGAUUAUCUGGCAUGUAAAGUUUAAGAGAUUAUGUUUUUUUUGUUGUUGUUGUUUUUAUAAGUAAUGCAAUAGAAAUAAUAAGGGAAAGGGCUAUUAACGUAUUCUAUGUUCUGGGUUUUUUUUUGUUCUGUGUGUGGUGUUUUUCAGGGUUUGGUUUUUUUUGUUGUUUGUUUCUUCUUUGUUUCUUGUUUUCUUUAACAUGUUAGCACUAAUAUUGGGAAUCAUGAAACAGUUUUAAGUGUGAGUACUGUAAAGCAGGAUCCUCAAUUUAACCACUUGAAAGGCCAUAUAUGCAUUGUUAGCAGGAAGCUUAUACAUAGAACUGACAACAGCCAGGUAGGACUGCAGUACAAAAAUGAUCUAUUUCAAAGGGCUGAAAUGUGCACAAAUGAAGUGUACAACUUUAAACACUUUAAGUGGUUGUGUUUCAAUCUGUAAAACCAAUUUUGUUUCCAAAGUAUGAAUUCUUGAUAAAAGGUAGGCUUUUGUGAUUUAUUGGAUUUAAAUUAGUAACAUUCAAAAUGUUAUGCAUUUACUUCUUAUCUGUCAAAAAAAAUUGUCUUCAAAUAAAAUUUAUUGUAGCAUGUUGUGGUUUUGGUGAUAUAAAAAUUGCUUAGCAGACUGUGUAAUAAUAUUUAAUUCUUCCUUUGUGCUGCACAAAACUCAGUAAUUACAAGAAGGGUUUUUUAAUAUGUAUUAAUAAGGCAUGAAAACUUCCUACCCCCACCCUUUUUUAAAAAAUCUUUGAGUCAUCCUGUCAGUUUUGACAUUUUCUUAAGCCUGCUUAUGAAGGAGAUUUUUGUUGUGUUUUGAGUAAGACAGGAAGGUCCUAGGGAUACUUAGGAACUGAAAAAGUGCCAGUCUGUAUCAAGAGCAGACUCAACAAUGUGGAAGAAAAAUGAGUUUAUAUUAUCCUGAGAAUAAGUAUUUUGAGAUUAAGAAAAUGUAUGGAACUUCCUAAUAGAGAAAUCCUAGAAGAAGCCAAGCUCAGGAAGGUUGGGUUGUUACUGUUUUUCUUGGCUGGUGUUGACAAUGUGUAUCAAGUACCUAGGGAUGGGUGAAGCUGAAAGUCAUGGCUCUCAAGUAGAAACUUGAGGUCAGUCUGAUUUUUGAAGGAUGAAAUAUAAGAAAUGUAUAUUUCAAUGUCAGCCUCACACAUUCUGUCUUGAAAAAAAAUCAUCACACUGACAAUAGACAGCAUAUUUUAAAUAUCAAUGAAACGGUGAUAUAGUAUUGCAAGAGAGUGGAAAACUGCCUUCAAGAUGUAGAGUUUUAAAAUUCAAAACUGGGUAGCUACAUUAAGUGAUCUUUUGAAACAAUUGAGUUCUUUUCUGUGUCUUGUUUUUCAUGGGCUAAGUUUAUGGGUAAUACUGAUCUCACAUUAAAAACUGAAUCUAAUGGAUGACUCACAUAGCAAAAAAUGGCUGGAUUUUUCUCUCUGCGGCACAAGUCUGGGUUUUAUUUUACUUUAAGGUAAAAUAUUUUUUCAGCUGUAGUGAAAGUACGUGUUGGAUAUCAUGUACUAUCAACCCCUUACAGUUGAAAAGAUUUGAACAGCUAGUAGGAGGAAAGUACUUGAUGUCCCCUGUUUGAGCCUUUGGUCCUUUAGAAUCACGGCCAUGCAUGACAAGAGAGCUCAGCUAUUAAACAAGGUCUGUGCAGGAGCAGGUGGAAGGACACAAGAAGUGACCAGAAAACGUAUCAAGUGGGUGAAAAAAUGUGCAGUCGUUGGUUUGGAUAGAGGGUGUUGAGUGAUGUGGGCAUAGUGCUUAGCUUCACCUUUUUACUGUUUACCUUCACUAGGCAAGAUUUUUUAAGAGCUUUUUGAAGAGACUAAAAUUCUUUGUGACAGGUUGUUUAGUGGCCGGAUGUGUUGCUUGGUUUUUAUUUAUUUUUUAGGGGGACUGUGCGUGAAAUAGUUUCUAUGUGUGCCGGUAUAUUUUUCUGGGUGUCAAAGAGAUGCCUUUAUUAUUUUCCUUCACACUUGUUUUAGAACAAAGUGACUUAUUUUUAUUAUCUGUAGAGUUCCUAACUUUAUACAAAUGAUACCAUUAUUCAUAAUAUUUUUAUGCUAUAAAAAACCCCUCUUAUACCAUCUCAUGAUUUUCUGUCAAUGGUUAAUUUUGGUGUAUUUAGCACUGCUGUACAUUAAGACAUUUCUUCUCUGUUUUCUAUAUGCAGAAUUUCACAAUGCUAAUAAUCACAUGUGGUUAUAGGUAACUAAGGCAGGUUUGCAUUUUAGACUGUGGAAUAUUUGGCUAUAAGAGCUUUUUAUCCGUUUCCAGUUCUUAAACACUUCUGUUCACUACUCUUUCUAGUUUAGUUUUUGUUCUUAUUGUAAAGCUGUGUAUCUGAAUUGAUUAACAUCUGAACGGCGCUUUUGUACCAAAGAUUAGCCAGUUGUGUGGAAUAAAGCAGACUGCUGUGUGCACUUUUUUUUUGUUAUCCUUUAUGCUUUCUGUAAAAACCUACUUUCAUUUCUUUCAUGAAAAUGAAUACUAAAAGGUUUAAAAAUGAAAUCAAAGGGCAUGCCACAAUAAUUUGUUUAAUUCAGUGACAUUGUUUAAAUGGUUACUUGAGCCAAGUAGUUGCUCGAGCCACACAGUACGUUCAUAUUAAUGUAUGUGUGUAUGUCUAUAUUCAUAUAUGCAUGUGGUCAUUUUCAGCUGUUAAUUGAAGGUAAUAAGGUUUAAAUUGACUGUAUGGCAGAAUAAGCAGCACAGCCCACAAGCACUUGAGUUUUUGACCAGAAAGUGUUUUCCAUCCUUGCAGUGAUCCCCUGUAGAGGCCGUAUCAUAGAUCUGACCAAGGCUACUGAGUCAUGCACAUGGCUCUGACUUUCUGAUCAUAAGGUCAGAGUUUGAGUGAAGUCACAGAUAACACAAAUACUUUCAUUUUUACUGAGACAACAAAGACCUCUUAGCCGUUGCUGUGUAGUUAAUGUUUUCUGAGUGCUCUCCCAAAGACAAAGCACUUCUUGGUUCCAAAUCCAUUAUUGCUCUUCCCCAUGGUCUGACAGCUCUGUGCCCUUCAAAAGGAAGAGAGCAGUGAAAUACAUUGCAUGCUGUAAGUGUCCAGUUGUCUUCGCUGACCAAGUGAAAAAAUGAUGAUGUGGAAGAUCUUAAAGCAAAAUCCUUCCCUUUCAGAAAAUUUCCUGCUUCCAUUUACUGAAUUGAUCUGUGAGUGAAACACUUGCUGUGUGUACAAUUUAUGGUGCAAGAUCAAAUUGUCCAGAAGAAAAUACUAUUUGCCUAUGGCAAAUGCACAAAAAUAUUCUGGAUGGCUUAUCCUUUAAAAACAAUGUUUUCAGUAUGUACUGCUACAAGAAAACAGAAGAUUUCAUUAGGAGUUAAGAAUCUGUCUGAGCUGUGAACCCUAAGAUAAUUAGAAUAAUUGGUCUCUAGCCUAACAUGUUGCUACUACGUAGCUACUUAAUGUGAGGUAGUCAUGUUUCUUUGGUAAGUGGGUGACUUAGAAAUAAAAUGUGUCAAUUAAAUUCAGAUACUCUAGAAAAACUCUGCGAAUAUGAAAUUCCAAAUAUAUAGAUAUCAAAGAGAAUGAACCAGCUGUUCAAAAACUUUCUAAGAUGCUUUAAAAGAAACAAUUGCAAAUAAGAAAAAAUCAAUAAUAGAAUAUUGAUUAUGUAAAUAAACAUUAUUUCCAAUUUUAGAUUGUUUUCAUCAUGAUAAAAAACAUACCCCAAGAUGUACUGGGCAGCUUCUUUUUUCAGUACUUUCAUUGAACUAGUAACAGAUGUUAGGCCUUUCAGGUAGAGAUGGCUGAUGUUAGAUUUAUAUAAAACAAAUUCUAUUUAAGUCUUCCAUAUUUUGAAAAGCAGAUUACACAAUUUCAAGAUAUUGUAUUUCUCACAUCUAGCACAUUCUUGGUUUCGAGGUGCAUAGAAAGGAAUGUUAAAUAUCAGCUUGUUCAGUGUUUAGUAGUUAAUUGGGCAAAGCAUGUUUUAAGCAUGUUUGGGUAAAGCAAGUAUUUAAGCAUGUUUUACCUGAAAUCUUUAUUAAUAUUAAAAAUCAAACAAUUAAUUAGCAUUUAAAGAUAUUACAUUUUUCUCUUCAAAAUACAGUAAAAGUAUUGUAAUUAAGGAUUUUGAUUCUUUUCAUGCCUGCUGCUGAGUUUAUGAAAAUAAUCUUUCACCCUGGUUUUUCCAUUUAUGAAAAAGGAAUGGUCCCAGUCCUAGUCAAGUGCUCUGAUGCUUGUGGAAAAUAAAUCUGCUCUGUGUGUAUGUUCAGUGUUAUCUCUAUGAUGUCGAGAAUUCCUUCAGGAGAAUUUAUUUGCAAUGACAAUUUUUUUAAAAUUUUGGUUACAUGCUCUUUAUUUUGCUCAUUUGAAAACAAAUUUAAGGCUAAAAUGGAGCUCAUGUCUACAUAAUAUCUGAUCAGCAGAAUGCCCUCUGCUGAAUAAUACCGUGAUGUAUAUAGCAUAAUUCCAUAAAUUGAAUAGGAAUUAGUUGUUUGCUAAUUAGUUGCUUUGAAUGUAGUUCAUGUAGCUUUAUAUUUAACACCUCAGUCCUUGCAAUCAGAAAUUUGUCUUUCAUUUACUUCUUAUUGAUGCUUUAUUUUCGUAAGUGGAAAUACAAAUAACUUUUGUGUUUGAUCACAGUCAGUAUUAACCUUCUAAAACAACACAGUAAGCUUAAACCAACUUCCAUUAAGUAUGUGUGUGUUAGAUUACUUUUAGAUUUCUACUUUUCAAUGCGUUGUGAGAACAGGUACAUUGGGGGAAAAGAAAUAUUCACUGACAUGCCCCAGAGAUGAAAAACAGACAUUUUUAGGAAAAAUUAAAUUAUGAAUUACAAAUAAUAGUGUAAGAGAUUAAAAGGUGUUGAUAUGGGGUGGAAAAAAUAUAGCCAUGCUUAAACAAUUAUUUUUAUUGGUAAAGGGAAAAACAAACCGAAAAAAUCCCGCACCUACCUCUUCCCCCAACGAAAAGCCCAGCAAAAACCAAAACACCCAAGCAAAAAAAACCCAAAAACCCAAACCCCAAGCUUCACAUGCUUUCACAUGGCCUCCCAGCAAUCAGUUACUGAAAACAUAGAUCAGGAGAACUAAGAAAUAUCCUUGUUUCUGUUGCUUAGCUGGAACAUAGAGUAACUGGUAUCCAAGUUGAGGAGUGGGUUUUGGAAUUCCUAGGUAGAAAAAUCUAGUAGUUGAUAUCACAGUAAUUGGUUUGGGCUAUUGCUCUUGUAUACAUUGAGUCUUUAAGCUGUAUAAAGCUGUGUGAUAAGGAACUGUAGCGCUGAGCUGGAGAUGUGAGUAGAUCAGCUACGUGGUUUUAUCUUUCUGGCAGUAAAUUAUACAGUAGGACAAAUAGAUAAGACCCAAGGUUUGGGUGUUUUCUGGUGGAGGAAAAAUAAACAGUGAUAAGUUGCAAAUCAGAAAAUAUGAUAACCACUAAAGAAAGUAAUUUUCAGGCUCCUGACAGAACUACUUUAUCUGAAGGGUUCUUGGGGUAUGAAGAUCACUCUGGGUUGCAAGCAAAUGUUUUUGGUCAUUAAGUAACUGUCUUUAGAUUUUGGAAAACAGUGAAAUAAGGACAGUCUUUUUGACUCCUUAAAAUGCUGAUAAAGCUGUAAAAUGGGAACAGAAAUGGGAAAAGUUAAUAUCUUUGUUAGCUAAAAUGUUUUAUAAUAUAAUUGAAUUUUUGCUAAAUGUCCUAGCAUGUUGUAUUUUGUAUUAAGAGCUGAAAUUGAUUCCUUAGGACAGCUACCACCAUAGGGUCUCUUGGGUGGUUUAACUAAAUAGUUAGGAGAAAAAUAAUUAAAGAAAAUCUGACAUUUGUAUAUGUGGUUUCUACAGCACAGAAACUACCUGAACAUUCUAAGAUUACUUUUUUCCCUGCAAGUUUGUUUAAUUUACUUCCUUCUUUUUAAUAUACAUAAUUGACAAAAAUAGAACAUGCCAUUUGGGUCAAGAAAAUGCUCUAAAAUUUUAGUUAGGCCUUUAUGAAAUAUGGAACUUAUAUAAAUGAUGUCAAUUCAGAUGAGGAUUGCACUAGUUAAUGCUAAGUGGGCUGCAUGUAUUUAACAAAGAGAAUAAUUAGUUAAUGCAUCAUUAGCAAAAAAAAAAAUUUUUUUCAUCCUUCAUAACUGAGUGUGCAUAAACAAGCCAUGUUUGUUGUUCUGGACUGUAGGUUUGCCUUUUCAGUCUUGCUAAGUUACAAAUGCUAUUGAUGAUCUGUACCAGUUCAAUGGAUGUAUGACAAAUGACUUGGGCACCAGCAUUAAGAAAUCUCUCAAAUGGGCUAAACUAUAUUAAUGUCUUAACAGCAUUUUGUUCUUAUGGAUUUUUGUGCACAAAGUAUCCCACACUGGUACUUGCAGCAAGUGUUUAAUCUAAAGCAGUGUCAGGUGUGCUUCUGAAGGGGUUUGCAGCUCAGUGUGCCCUACUACUUGUCUAUCCAAACAGCAUAAACAUGGAAAAAUCAACUGCAAGCACAGAAUGGGAGAAAGUAAUGUCUUACCUGCUGUGAUGCUCAUGAAUCAAGAGAUAGUUUAUGUUAAUGAUUCCUGUGCUGGAGAUGAGUAUAGUUAGCUUAGACUUUUGUUUUGAAAGGUUGCUGGAAUAGAAGUUGCUGGAAUACUGAGUUGUUUCCGUCUUCAUGAACAGAUGUGGACUGACAGGUUUAAUUUUGUGGAAAGAAAAAUUUGUCAUGUUAGUGCUAAAUUUAAGGAGUCUAUUGCAAGGUGAGAGAAAGUCUGUGAGACAUUGGCAACAAUCAGGCAACUAUUCCUUUAUCUUUAGAGGUGAAUGUAAGCUGAAUGUAGAGAAGACUUGCCAGUAAGCUGGACUGAUGUGCCCAGAGAAGGAAUGAAGUAUGGAUGUGAAGGAACGUAGGCCUUAUUGCUCCCUGACAAAGAGCAGACGGGACAAGGAGCGUCGCUAUACAAACUCUUCUGCAGAAAAUGAGGAGUGCAGAGUGCCUACUCAGAAGUCUUACAGCUCCAGUGAAACCUUGAAAGCUUUUGAUCAUGAUUCUUCUAGGUUGCUGUAUGGAAACCGGGUAAAAGAUUUGGUCCACAGAGAAGCAGAUGAGUAUACCAGACAAGGACAGAAUUUUACCCUAAGGCAGUUAGGAGUUUGUGAACCAGCAGCUCGUCGAGGACUGGCAUUUUGUGCGGAAAUGGGGCUCCCCCACAGAGGUUACUCUAUCAGUGCAGGGUCAGAUGCUGAUACUGAAAAUGAAGGAGUGAUGUCUCCAGAGCAUGCCAUGAGACUUUGGGGCAGGGGGGUCAAAUCAGGGCGCAGUUCCUGUCUGUCGAGCCGUUCCAACUCAGCCCUCACUCUGACUGAUACCGAACACGAGAACAAGUCCGACAGUGAAAAUGGUCCUCCCAUGCCAUCCUCCUCAUCUAGUCCAUCAGUUACUGAACAUUUACACUCCCCUCCUCCAUCACCCAAUCUCCAUGACAACCAGAGGUGGUUAUUAAGUAAUAAUGCCAGCCAGCCAGUUCAGGACUCUGAUACAGAUGAGGACUAUACUGCCGGCUCAUAUCUAGUACAGACCAGUGAUAAUCCAGUAUCUGUCCCAGGUCAUGAGCAACCUCCAAAUAACCAAGGCCAGUCGACCCUGCAGCCUUUACCACCUUCUCACAAGCAACAUUCAGCACAGCAUCACCCAUCCAUCACCUCACUUAACAGAAACUCACUGACAAACAGGAGGAAUCAGAGUCCGGCCCCGCCGGCUGCUUUGCCCGCCGAGCUGCAAACCACACCUGAGUCAGUCCAGCUGCAGGACAGCUGGGUGCUUGGCAGUAAUGCACCUCUGGAAAGCAGAGAAUUAGAAAGUCAAGCAGUCCUUGCAAAUGGUCAUGACAACCUUAUAGAGAUGGAUGUGUUUUCUCCAACAUAUCAGGAUAGCAGUUAUGGGCAUUUCCUAUUCAAAACAGGAACAGGGACCACACCGCUGUUCAGCACUGCCACGCCAGGGUACACAAUGGCAUCGGGUUCUGUUUAUUCCCCUCCUACUCGGCCACUACCUAGGAACACCCUGUCCAGAAGUGCUUUUAAAUUCAAGAAGUCUUCAAAGUACUGUAGCUGGAAAUGUACUGCACUCUGUGCUGUAGGGGUCUCAGUGCUGCUGGCAAUACUGCUGUCCUACUUUAUAGCAAUGCAUCUGUUUGGCCUCAACUGGCAGUUGCAGCAGACUGAAAAUGAUACAUUUGAGAAUGGAAAAGUGAAUUCUGAUACUGUGCCAACACAUCCUGUAACAGUUCCUGCUGGAGACAGUGGAAAAUUAGGAGGAUUUGCGCAAGAAAACAACACUAUAGAUUCUGGAGAACUUGAUAUAGGCCGAAGAGCGAUACAAGAAGUGCCCCCUGGGAUUUUUUGGAGAUCACAACUGUUCAUUGAUCAGCCACAAUUUCUAAAAUUCAAUAUAUCCCUUCAGAAAGAUGCAUUGAUUGGAGUAUAUGGUCGAAAAGGCUUACCGCCUUCACACACUCAGUAUGACUUUGUGGAGCUCUUGGAUGGCAGCCGGCUCAUUGCGAGGGAGCAACGCAACCUGCUGGAGUCGGAGCGAGCAGGACGGCAGGCGAGAUCCGUCAGCCUCCACGAGGCAGGUUUUAUCCAGUAUUUGGAUUCUGGCAUCUGGCACCUGGCCUUUUAUAAUGAUGGGAAAAAUGCAGAGCAGGUGUCUUUUAAUACCAUAAUUAUAGAGUCUGUGGUGGAAUGCCCCCGAAAUUGCCAUGGUAACGGUGAAUGUGUUUCUGGAUCCUGCCAUUGUUUUCCCGGGUUUCUGGGCCCUGAUUGUUCAAGAGCAGCCUGCCCGGUGCUGUGCAGUGGCAAUGGGCAGUACUCCAAAGGACGCUGCCUGUGCUACAGUGGCUGGAAGGGCACUGAGUGUGAUGUGCCUACGAGUCAGUGCAUCGAUCCCCAGUGCGGGGGACGGGGCAUUUGCAUCAUGGGCUCUUGUGCCUGCAACUCUGGGUACAAAGGAGAAAACUGUGAAGAAGCGGAUUGCUUGGACCCAGCCUGCUCCAGCCACGGUGUGUGCAUCCACGGCGAGUGCCACUGCAACCCGGGCUGGGGGGGCAGCAACUGUGAAAUCCUGAAAACAAUGUGCUCUGACCAGUGCUCUGGGCAUGGCACCUACCUUCAGGAGAGUGGGAGCUGCACCUGCGACCCCAACUGGACAGGUCCAGAUUGCUCCAAUGAGCUGUGUUCGGCGGACUGCGGCGCGCACGGCGUGUGCGUGGGCGCCGCGUGUCGCUGCGAGGAGGGCUGGACGGGCGCUUCCUGCAGCCAGCGCGCCUGCCACCCGCGCUGCGCCGAGCACGGCACCUGCAAGGACGGCAAGUGCGAGUGCAGCCAGGGAUGGAACGGAGAGCACUGCACCAUUGCUCACUAUUUGGAUAAGAUAGUGAAAGAGGGCUGCCCUGGUUUGUGCAACAGCAAUGGGAGAUGCACACUGGACCAGAAUGGCUGGCACUGUGUCUGCCAGCCAGGAUGGAGGGGAGCCGGCUGUGACGUAGCCAUGGAAACCCUCUGCACUGACAGUAAGGACAAUGAAGGAGAUGGGCUAGUUGACUGUAUGGAUCCUGACUGCUGUUUGCAGAGUUCUUGCCAAAACCAACCUUAUUGUCGUGGCCUGCCUGAUCCCCAGGAUAUCAUCAGCCAAAGCCAGCAGUCUCCAUCUCAGCAAGCUGCCAAAGCAUUCUAUGACCGGAUCAGUUUCCUCAUCGGAGCAGACAGCACCCACGUCAUACCUGGGGAAAGCCCUUUCAAUAAGAGUCUUGCAUCUGUCAUAAGAGGCCAAGUAUUAACUGCUGAUGGAACACCACUCAUUGGAGUCAAUGUUUCCUUCCUACACUAUCCAGACUACGGAUAUACAAUCACUCGCCAGGAUGGAAUGUUUGACUUGGUAGCGAAUGGUGGUGCCUCUCUGACACUGGUGUUUGAGCGAUCCCCGUUCCUGACACAGUAUCACACAGUAUGGAUUCCCUGGAAUGUCUUUUAUGUCAUGGACACCCUUGUCAUGAAGAAGGAAGAGAAUGACAUUCCCAGUUGUGACCUAAGCGGAUUUGUAAGGCCAAACCCUGUUAUCGUGUCCUCGCCUUUAUCCACUUUCUUUAGAAUUUCUCCUGAAGAUAGUCCCAUCAUCCCAGAGACACAGGUACUUCAUGAAGAAACAACAAUACCAGGGACUGACCUGAAGUUAUCAUACUUGAGCUCCAGGGCUGCAGGAUAUAAAUCUGUACUGAAGAUUACUAUGACCCAAUCUGUUAUACCAUUUAAUUUAAUGAAGGUUCAUCUUAUGGUGGCAGUGGUGGGAAGACUUUUCCAAAAAUGGUUCCCUGCAUCCCCCAAUCUAGCAUACACCUUCAUAUGGGAUAAAACUGAUGCAUACAAUCAGAGGGUCUACGGAUUAUCUGAAGCUGUUGUGUCUGUAGGUUACGAGUAUGAGUCUUGCUUGGAUCUGACUCUCUGGGAAAAGCGCACUGCCAUUUUGCAGGGUUAUGAGCUGGAUGCCUCCAACAUGGGUGGUUGGACAUUGGAUAAACAUCAUGUGUUGGAUGUUCAAAAUGGAAUCCUCUACAAAGGGAAUGGUGAAAAUCAAUUUAUAUCUCAGCAACCCCCAGUUGUUAGUAGCAUUAUGGGCAACGGGAGACGACGCAGCAUCUCCUGUCCAAGCUGCAAUGGUCAAGCUGAUGGUAACAAAUUGCUGGCUCCAGUUGCCUUGGCUUGUGGGAUAGAUGGCAGUCUGUACGUGGGGGAUUUCAACUACGUCCGGCGGAUAUUCCCAUCUGGAAAUGUAACUAGUGUUCUGGAGCUGAGAAAUAAAGAUUUUAGACAUAGCAACAACCCAGCUCACAGAUACUACCUGGCAACUGACCCCGUGACGGGAGAUUUGUACGUUUCCGACACAAACACACGCAGGAUAUACCGGCCCAAGUCGCUCACUGGUGCAAAAGACCUGACCAAAAAUGUUGAGGUCAUAGGAGGAACGGGGGAGCAGUGCCUGCCCUUCGAUGAGGCAAGGUGUGGUGAUGGAGGCAAGGCGGUGGAGGCAACUCUCAUGAGCCCUAAAGGAAUAGCAAUAGACAAGAAUGGGUUAAUCUACUUUGUUGAUGGGACCAUGAUCAGAAAAGUGGAUCAGAAUGGAAUAAUAUCGACGUUGCUUGGCUCCAAUGACCUUACCUCAGCACGACCUCUAACCUGUGAUACCAGCAUGCACAUCAGCCAGGUUCGUCUGGAAUGGCCUACAGAUUUAGCUAUCAACCCAAUGGAUAACUCCAUUUAUGUGUUGGAUAACAACGUGGUUCUGCAGAUCACGGAGAACCGCCAGGUGCGCAUUGCCGCGGGGCGGCCGAUGCACUGCCAGGUGCCGGGCGUGGAGUACGUGGUGGGCAAACACGCCGUCCAGACCACGCUGGAGUCGGCCACCGCCAUUGCCGUGUCCUACAGCGGCGUGCUCUACAUCACAGAAACCGAUGAGAAAAAGAUAAACAGGAUAAGGCAGGUCACAACUGAUGGAGAGAUCUCUUUAGUUGCUGGAAUACCCUCGGAGUGUGAUUGCAAAAAUGAUGUUAACUGUGACUGCUACCAAAAUGGAGAUGGCUAUGCUAAAGAUGCCAAACUCAAUGCCCCUUCCUCCUUAGCUGUGUCUCCAGAUGGCACCCUCUAUAUUGCUGACCUGGGAAACAUUAGGAUACGGGCUGUGUCAAAGAACAAACCCUUAAUGAACUCAAUGAACUUCUAUGAAGUUGCUUCUCCAACUGACCAAGAGCUGUAUAUCUUUGAUGUCAAUGGUACCCACCAGUACACUGUGAGUUUAGUCACCGGGGACUACCUGUACAACUUCAGCUACAGCAAUGACAAUGAUAUUACUGCGGUGACCGACAGCAACGGGAAUACUCUUCGGAUCAGGCGGGAUCCCAACCGAAUGCCAGUAAGAGUGGUCUCUCCUGAUAACCAAGUCAUCUGGCUGACCAUAGGCACCAAUGGAUGUUUGAAAAGCAUGACUGCACAAGGGCAGGAGCUGGUCUUAUUUACCUACCAUGGCAACAGUGGACUUCUGGCAACCAAAAGCGAUGAGACUGGAUGGACCACUUUUUUUGACUAUGAUAGCGAGGGCCGUCUAACAAAUGUUACAUUCCCAACUGGAGUCGUCACUAACCUUCAUGGGGAAAUGGAAAGGGCCAUUACAGUGGACAUUGAGUCAUCCAGCAGAGAGGAAGAUGUCAGCAUCACUUCCAACUUAUCAUCAAUCGAUUCUUUCUAUACCAUGGUUCAAGAUCAAUUAAGAAAUAGUUACCAGAUUGGUUAUGAUGGCUCACUGAGAAUCCUGUACGCCAGCGGCCUGGACUCACACUACCAGACAGAGCCACACGUCUUGGCUGGCACUGCCAACCCAACCAUGGCAAAGAGAAACAUGACCCUGCCAGGGGAGAAUGGGCAGAACCUGGUGGAGUGGCGAUUCCGGAAAGAGCAAGCCCAAGGAAAAGUCAAUGUCUUUGGCCGAAAACUUAGGGUUAAUGGCAGAAACCUCCUUUCAGUUGACUUUGAUCGAACCACAAAGACAGAGAAGAUCUACGAUGACCACCGUAAAUUCCUGCUGCGGAUUGCCUACGACACGUCAGGGCACCCCACCCUGUGGCUCCCGAGCAGCAAGCUGAUGGCUGUCAAUGUCACCUAUGCAUCCACAGGUCAAAUAGGCAGCAUACAGAGAGGCACGACUAGUGAAAAAAUAGAGUAUGAUGGACAGGGAAGGAUAGUGUCUAGAGUGUUUGCUGAUGGGAAAACCUGGAGUUACACAUACUUGGAAAAGUCAAUGGUUCUUCUGCUCCAUAGCCAACGGCAGUAUAUCUUCGAAUAUGAUUUGUUGGAUCGGCUCUCCGCUGUCACCAUGCCCAGUGUUGCUCGUCAUACCAUGCAGACUAUCCGCUCCAUUGGCUAUUACCGGAACAUAUACAACCCCCCGGAAAGCAAUGCUUCUGUUAUCAUGGACUACAACGAGGAAGGGCAGCUCCUUCAAACUGCUUUCCUGGGGACAAGCCGGAGAGUAUUAUUCAAGUACAGACGGCAGACCAAGCUCUCAGAAAUUUUAUAUGAUAGUACAAGAGUUAGUUUUACUUAUGAUGAGACAGCAGGAGUCCUGAAAACAGUAAACCUCCAAAGCGAUGGUUUUAUCUGCACCAUUAGAUACAGACAAAUUGGCCCGUUGAUUGACAGGCAGAUUUUCCGCUUUAGCGAAGAUGGAAUGGUAAACGCCCGAUUUGACUACAGCUAUGACAAUAGCUUCAGAGUGACUAGCAUGCAAGGUGUCAUCAAUGAAACCCCAUUGCCUAUUGAUCUCUACCAGUUUGACGAUAUCUCUGGCAAAGUUGAGCAGUUUGGAAAAUUUGGAGUUAUAUAUUAUGAUAUUAACCAGAUCAUUUCAACAGCUGUAAUGACAUACACAAAACACUUCGAUGCACAUGGGCGCAUCAAGGAAAUUCAGUAUGAAAUAUUUCGGUCAUUAAUGUAUUGGAUUACAAUUCAAUAUGAUAACAUGGGACGAGUGACGAAAAGAGAAAUUAAGAUUGGGCCAUUUGCCAACACCACAAAAUAUGCUUACGAAUAUGAUGUAGAUGGUCAGCUCCAGACAGUUUAUCUGAAUGAAAAAAUAAUGUGGCGAUACAACUAUGACCUGAACGGCAACCUGCACUUGCUGAACCCCAGCAGCAGUGCCCGUCUGACACCGCUGCGGUACGACCUGCGAGACAGAAUAACCCGGCUGGGAGAUGUACAGUACAGGUUAGAUGAGGACGGAUUUCUGCGUCAGAGGGGUACUGAAAUCUUUGAAUACAGUUCAAAGGGCCUUCUUACUCGAGUUUAUAGCAAAGGCAGCGGGUGGACAGUGAUUUACCGCUAUGAUGGACUCGGACGACGCGUUUCCACUAAAACUAGCCUUGGGCAGCAUCUCCAGUUCUUUUACGCAGACCUUACCUACCCAACCAGGAUAACUCAUGUCUAUAACCACUCAAGUUCUGAAAUCACAUCUCUAUACUAUGAUCUGCAAGGACAUCUUUUUGCCAUGGAAAUUAGCAGUGGAGAUGAGUUUUACAUUGCAUCAGACAAUACAGGGACACCACUGGCUGUUUUCAGUAGCAAUGGUCUCAUGCUUAAACAAAUUCAAUACACUGCCUAUGGAGAGAUCUAUUUUGACUCUAACCUGGACUUCCAGCUGGUAAUUGGAUUCCAUGGAGGCUUAUACGACCCACUGACCAAACUAGUCCACUUUGGAGAAAGAGAUUAUGACAUACUGGCAGGCCGGUGGACAACACCUGAUAUUGAAAUCUGGAAGAGAAUUGGGAAGGAUCCAGCUCCUUUUAAUUUGUACAUGUUUAGAAAUAACAACCCAGCCAGUAAAAUACACGAUGUGAAGGAUUAUAUCACAGAUGUUAACAGCUGGCUGGUGACAUUUGGCUUCCAUCUGCACAAUGCCAUCCCUGGCUUCCCUGUUCCAAAAUUUGAUUUAACAGAACCUUCUUAUGAACUUGUGAAGAGCCAGCAAUGGGAAGACAUACCACCAAUUUCUGGAGUGCAACAACAAGUGGCGAGACAAGCAAAGGCUUUCCUUUCCCUGGGAAAGAUGGCAGAAGUGCAGGUCAGCAGACGGAAAUCCAGCGGAGAAAAGUCGUGGCUGUGGUUUGCCACGGUGAAGUCUCUGAUUGGCAAAGGGGUGAUGCUCGCUGUCAAUCAAGGCAAAGUGCAAACAAACGUGCUCAACAUUGCUAAUGAGGACUGCAUAAAAGUGGCAGCUGUUUUGAACAACGCUUACUACCUAGAAAACUUGCAUUUCACUGUGGAGGGAAAGGACACGCACUAUUUUAUCAAGACCACCUCCCCUGAGAGUGACCUUGGGACACUGAGGCUGACGAGUGGCCGUAAGGCCCUGGAGAAUGGCAUCAAUGUCACUGUUUCCCAGUCCACCACUGUGGUGAACGGCAGGACUCGUAGGUUUGCUGAUGUUGAGAUGCAAUACGGCGCUCUAGCGCUUCAUGUUCGCUAUGGCAUGACGCUCGAUGAGGAAAAGGCCCGGAUACUGGAGCAAGCCAGGCAAAGAGCUCUUUCCAGUGCCUGGGCCAGAGAACAACAGAGAGUAAGAGAUGGAGAGGAAGGCGCCAGGUUGUGGACAGAAGGAGAAAAGAGGCAGCUGCUAAGUGCUGGAAAGGUACAAGGAUACGAUGGGUACUAUGUACUCUCUGUGGAGCAAUAUCCAGAAUUAGCAGACAGCGCUAACAAUAUACAGUUCCUCAGACAAAGUGAGAUAGGAAAGAGGUAACACACUGGCUUAGCUCAGGCUGCCAAAGAGACUGUGUACCAGUGUCUUCUAAAAAGGAGACUAAACUGUUUUGCUGCAUUACUACUUGAGCCUAAGCUUACAUCUUUGCUCAGAUUUUUUCUGUAGCACAAUCCAGACUCUGUAACAAAAAGAGCGCCUUCCAGAAGAAUGAUACUGCUAAUGACAAAACUUUUUUUUUCUCAAUGACCUUAAAGGUGAUCUGCUUUAAAGAAUAUGUUUACAUAUGCAUAUCGCUGCACUCAAGUUGGACUGAAAAGUAUUAAAAAAAAAAAAGAAGAAAAAAAGAAAAUUAAAAGGCCUACAGAUUUUGCAACAGGCUGUUUCUUUGAGGCACUGUAUUUAAUUAAGAUACAGACCCAUACAGUGUUUCCAAAUAGUACUGAAUUGUUGACCUUUGCUUACAAGAAGUAGUCUCUCUCUUUCUCUCUCUCUUUUUCUCUCUUUCUCACUGCAUAGGAUGUGGUAUAUAUCUGUUAAUUUUAAAACAUGGGGCAAAAAUUACUGUUUAUAGACAACCCAACUGCAUUAAACUGUGCUGCUUUCUAAAAGGACAUUGGCACAAGUGACUUAUGCUACCAUGGGAAUUUAAUAAUGGAUUUUACAUGCUAACAUGGUUUGCCUUGGGGGGAAAACGGCAAGUAGAAUCCUUGUUGCAUAUAAGCAAAGGAAACCCUGAUUUUUUUGUAAAUUAUGUGAGACAAGUUGUUUAUGGAUUUUUAUAUGAAUUACAAUUUACUGUACAUCAAAUAUUAGUCUCAGAGGAGUUAAUUUAUGUAAAGUGUUUAAAAAAGUUUAUACUUAAAAAUAAAAUGAUAAAAACA